AUGCCCAGAAAUGCUGUUCAAAUUGUUGUCGAUGGUAUGGAAACAGUACUUUCAGAAGGUAUUGGUGUUUUUGUUAAAAGUAGUGCACAAAAAUUGUUGUCUGAAGAACCAAAAGAAAUGGUUAUAGGUCAAAGACUCAAUAAAGUUGUUAAAAGUGGUAUAUCCAUUCUAGAACCAUCUACCUUACAAAAUGUGCUUUCUGAAACAUUAGACCAUAUGAAAACUUUGAAAUCAGAUAAUAAAGUUAUUCAAAACUUUAUUCAAGGCACAUAUUGGCAAAGUAGAGCUCCUCUAAUGGAUGAAUUAAAUUUUUUACAAGAAACUGGUAUUGAAAUAAGUACACCAGAUUAUGAAGGUAAAUUGUAUUUUGAGUUGGGGCUUAUAUUAGGUGACAACUUAGGGUUGCAUUCCAUCACAGGUUUUACUGAGAGUUUCUCCUCAAACUUUCCAUGUAGAAUGUGUACAAUGAGAAAAGAAGAUAUGUGGGUUCAGUGUUAUGAAGAUGAGAGUUUAUUAAGACAUACUGACCAGUAUUAUGCUCAAUUAUCACUGAAUGAUGUGUCUGCUACUGGUGUAAGAGAAGAGUGUAUUUGGUUUAGUGUGAAUAAUUUUAAUUUGUUUGAUCAACUAGGAGUAGAUGUCAUGCACGACAUGCUAGAAGGGUGUUCUAAGUAUAUUAUGAGUUUCAUUUUAAAAUACUAUAUUAAGGAAUUAAAGCUUUUUACGCUACAAGUAUUGAAUGACAGACUAUUUUGCUUUGACUAUGGACCUGAAAACAAUAAACCGUGUGCACUUACUGAAGAUUAUAUUAUACAAGGAAAUAUCAGACAAUCUGCAUCCGAAAUGUUGACGUUUGUAAGGUACUUUGGUUUACUAGUUGGUGAUUUUGUACCCUCAGAAGAACCAGUUUGGGGUCUAUAUAUUGCUAUGCGGAGAGUUAUAGAUGUUAUAUUAUCAACAUCACUUGAAUUAGAUAGUUGUUCAAUGCUUCAGACUUUAGUUGCUGAAAUGAAUGAUCUUUAUUUAAAGUAUAGUAAAAAUCGUUUAAAACCAAAAUUUCAUUUUUUAACACACUAUCACUCAUUUAUUAAAAAAUUUGGACCCGUAAUUCACUUAUGGUCUAUGAGAUACGAAGCGAAACAUAAAGUAUCGAAAAUUUCAGCAAGGUCUUCAUUCAAUAGGCGUAACAUUUGCAAGACUUUGGCAAUCAAACACCAACUUAAGUUGAAUGAAACAUUUAUUAAUGGUAAAUUAUGUAAUAAAAUAAAAGUAGGACCUCAAACAGAAUUGGACUCUAUAAAACAGCAUCAAAUUCAAAAUGAACUAAAUCUGAAUGUAGAGGAUUCAAUAUUUCGAGUAAAUUGGGCUGAAGUGGGAGGAACUCGUUACAAACCUAAAACUAUAUUGACGUUGGGCAUUUUAGACGAUAAUAAUCCUCAAUUUGCAAUUGUAAAAAAUGUUUUUCUUUAUGCGGAAAACAGGGUAAUUUUUGAGUGUAACAUUUUAACGACAAUUGGCUUUGAUGAGCAUGUUUACUGUUAUGAAAUAACAUUACCAGAAACAGAUAUUAUUCGUUAUGUAUUUCAGGAUCUUCUCCUUUCUCAUGUACCAAAUACAUUAAAUGUUGUAUCAAAUGGAACAAAAUACAUUACUGUAAGAAGUCCUUUUUAA